AUGAAGAUUCGGAUCGAUGAGGAUAGCAUCGUCGUUCUCCCCCCCUCCCCCCGUCCCCUCCGCUCACUCAUUUCUGCGGCCAAGGCUACAACCAUCUCGUCUCAACAUUCUACCCCCGGGCCGAAAUUAGUCAUUGGGGGUAGUGAUAGGAAGAGAAGGGCUGAGGAUGUAACCCGGGGUCUCGGGAAGUUGACCCUUAACAACAACGACCUCUAUAAGAGGGUGGCCACACUGAACCAGGAGGUUAUGGUCCUCAUUGCCAAGAAUAAGGAGUUGUGGCAGAAGCUGGUUGAUCAGUUAGCUCGGUAUCUGGAGUCCCUAAAGGCCGCUGCUCACACCGUUUGUGCGAUUAUUCAGCAGACUAACAUCAUGCAGCGGCUGCUCGAGGCUUAUCGUCUGCAAGUGAUUGAUGACUUCCUAGAGUCUCCUACAUAUCUGGACAAGUUGACUGAUGGGUUCAUCGAGUACUUCAAUUUGGCUUUUGAGGGGGCUCCGGAGCAAGCUCGAGCUGUCGGGGUGGAGCUUGACUGUCAGGAUGUCCUUUGGAGGAUGUCUGAUGCUCCGUCAAGCUUCAAGGGCAAUGUCCACAUCUGGUGGAGCGACACUCUAGCUAAGAUUUUACUGAGAGCUAAUGUGGCUCAAUUCUUUGCUUUGUCAGCCUCUCUUCUCGCUCGCGGCCAAUCGACCAGUGCACCUACUUCGACUCAUGCUGCUCGCAGAUCCGUCUUUUGA